AUGGAAAAGGAUUUCUCGGUCCAUGUGGGGAAAGGAGAAAAACUUUCGCGUGUUGAAGAGCCCGGGAGGAAAGGCAAAAAACCAGGCAAAAAUGCCAAGGACAGGAGCGUGCUCAGGUGCCUGCGCAUUAUUACAGACUUGUUUCGCUUUUCUUUCGGGGAGCGCCGUUUAUAUGCUAUAUUUCUUCUUGUAUCGGGCGUUUCAAUCUGCAUGCUGACCUGCACUACAAAAGUAAUGAGCAUAUCGUGCAAGGCCGACGCGGUGGCCAGGCUCAUACAACAGGACAAGGCUUUGAUGCGCUCGAUGCUUAGAACGGCUGCGUGCAUCACGCUGUUUUCUGUGAUGCGCGAGGUGUACGGGCUGCUAUUUUUUCUGUUUAUUAACCACACGCUAAAAAAUAUUUCUUUGGCGCUGUUCAACAGCACAAUACACAGCGUGCUUCCCGUAGCCUCUGUGCGCAUCAACAGGACGGUGAACCGGGGAAUCCGAGGGAUGCGGGAGCUUUUGACGAAGCUUCUGGUGGUCCUUACCUACCGAGGAAUGAGCAUGGCUUUGAUACACGUGGGCCUUCUGCAGAUGAGCGCAAUGUACAUUUUUGUCAUAACCAUAGCAAACAUCAUAUAUGUCGCGGUGAGCUACUUUCUGCUGAAGAUCCGCAUUAGGAACAAGGUUCUGAAAAACACAUACGACGACCUGUACAGCAACGCAAUACUUGAGUGCAUCGGGAACAGGGACGCAAUUAUCGAGGGAAACACGGAGGAGCAGGAAAGCAAGCGGUUUGGCGGGUACAUGGCGCAGUAUCUGAAGCUGUCCUUCACAGACCGGAGAAUUGUGUCGGCUCUGAACAUAGUGCAAAAGUUCAUAUACACGGUGCUGCAGAUGCUUCUCAUGCUGCAUCUGUACCUCAGCGGGAAGGCAGACCUGGGCAACGCCGUGAAGCUGCUGGAAUAUGUCAAGGACUUGGACAGGAGCCUGAUGGAAAUUGCGCUGGCAACCAAGGACAUAUUCGUGUACUACAUAGACUGCGAGGCGUACAUUGAGUACAUCCACGAGCUGCGCGAGAACAGGGAGCCGCCUGUGAAGGCUGCAGACACGGACCCGCAGGAGCUUAUGCUAGAAAAAGAAAACGAGGUGCAGUGCGGGAAGAUCCCGGCUCUGGAGUUUAAGAACGUGAACUGCUGGCACGGCCGGAGCACGAAAAGGCUUGUGAGCAAUUUCUCGUGCAAGGUGUACAGGGGAGAAAAGGUGUGCAUUGUUGGAAGAAGCGGGUGUGGAAAAACCACGCUUAUUUCGCUGCUGCUGAAGCAAAAGCCGUACACGGGCAAAAUUAUCCUGGAGGGCGUGGACAUCCGGGAGCUUUCGAAGAAAGAAAUUACGCAAAGGAUCAGCGUUGUCUCGCAGGAAAGCAGCCUCUUCAAUAACACGCUGAGGUACAACAUAGAGUAUGGAAGCACGCCAAGCCCAGAGCUGGUGCGCAGCGUUCUGAAAAGCACAAAAAUCGACGAAAUAGCAUCCUCCAAGGAGGAGGGAUACGAGUACAACGUGGGGGCAAGCGGAAGAAACCUGUCUGGAGGAGAAAGACAGCGGGUCUGCUUGGCCAGGUCUCUUCUGCGCGAAAAGAACACGCUCAUACUCGACGAAGCCACGUCAAAGCUGGACUGCAUAACCGAAGAGAAGGUGAUAAGGCCUAUUCUGCAGUCAGAAAAAACCGUGAUAAUAAUAACGCAUUCCCCACAGGUUGCAGAGUACGUGGACAGGAUAAUCCGGAUUGGAUAG